AUGGUCGGCCCCUGGGAGUCGAGACUCGGUCUCACUAUCACCCUCCGCGGUCAACCCCUGGGAGUCGAGACUCGGUCCCACUAUCACCCUCUGCGGUCGACCCCUGGGAGCCGAGACUCGGUCUCACUAUCAACCUCCGCGGUCGACAUUGGGAGUCAAGACACGGAUCAAUUAAUUAUUACUCUCCAUGGUCGGCCCCUGGGCGUCGAGACUCGGUCUCACUAUCACCCUCCGCGGUCAACCCCUGGGAGUCGAGACUCGGUCCCACUAUCACCCUCCGCGGUCGACAUUGGGAGUCAAGACACGGAUCAAUUAAUUAUUACUCUCCGCGGUCAACCCCUUGGAGUCGAGACUCGGUCCCACUAUCACCCUCUGCGGUCAACCCCUGGGAGUCGAGACUCGGUCUCACUAUCACCCUCCGCGGUCGACAUUGGGAGUCAAGACACGGAUCAAUUAAUUAUUACUCUCCAUGGUCGGCCCCUGGGAGUCGAGACUCGGUCUCACUAUCACCCUCUGCGGUCAACCCCUGGGAGUCGAGACUCGGUCUCACUAUCACCCUCUGCGGUCGACCCCUGGGAGUCGAGACUCGGUCUCACUAUCACCCUCCGCGGUCGACAUUGGGAGUCAAGACACGGAUCAAUUAAUUAUUACUCUCCAUGGUCGGCCCCUGGGAGUCGAGACUCGGUCUCACUAUCACCCUCCGCGGUCAACCCCUGGGAGUCGAGACUCGGUCCCACUAUCACCCUCCGCGGUCAACCCCUGGGAGUCGAGACUCGGUCUCACUAUCACCCUCUGCGGUCAACCCCUUGGAGUCGAGACUCGGUCUCACUAUCACCCUCCGCGGUCGACAUUGGGAGUCAAGACACGGAUCAAUUAAUUCUUACUCUCCAUGGUCGGCCCCUGGGAGUCAAGACUCGGUCUCACUAUCACCUUCCGCGGUCAACCCCUGGGAGUCGAGACUCGGUCUCACUAUCACCCUCCGCGGUCGACAUUGGGAGUCAAGACACGGAUCAAUUAAUUAUUACUCUCCGCGGUCAACCCCUGGGAGUCGAGACUCGGUCCCACUAUCACCCUCUGCGGUCAAACCCUGGGAGUCGAGACUCGGUCUCACUAUCACCCUCCGCGGUCGACAUUGGGAGUCAAGACACGGAUCAAUUAAUUAUUACUCUCCAUGGUCGGCCCCUGGGAGUCGAGACUCGGUCUCACUAUCACCCUCUGCGGUCAACCCCUGGGAGUCGAGACUCGGUCUCACUAUCACCCUCUGCGGUCGACCCCUGGGAGUCGAGACUCGGUCUCACUAUCACCCUCCGCGGUCGACAUUGGGAGUCAAGACACGGAUCAAUUAAUUAUUACUCUCCAUGGUCGGCCCCUGGGAGUCGAGACUCGGUCUCACUAUCACCCUCCGCGGUCAACCCCUGGGAGUCGAGACUCGGUCCCACUAUCACCCUCCGCGGUCAACCCCUGGGAGUCGAGACUCGGUCUCACUAUCACCCUCUGCGGUCAACCCCUUGGAGUCGAGACUCGGUCUCACUAUCACCCUCCGCGGUCGACAUUGGGAGUCAAGACACGGAUCAAUUAAUUCUUACUCUCCAUGGUCGGCCCCUGGGAGUCAAGACUCGGUCUCACUAUCACCUUCCGCGGUCAACCCCUGGGAGUCGAGACUCGGUCUCACUAUCACCCUCCGCGGUCGACAUUGGGAGUCAAGACACGGAUCAAUUAAUUAUUACUCUCCGCGGUCAACCCCUGGGAGUCGAGACUCGGUCCCACUAUCACCCUCUGCGGUCAAACCCUGGGAGUCGAGACUCGGUCUCACUAUCACCCUCCGCGGUCGACAUUGGGAGUCAAGACAUGGAUCAAUUAAUUCUUACUCUCCAUGGUCGGCCCCUGGGAGUCGAGACUCGGUCUCACUAUCACCCUCUGCGGUCGACCCCUGGGAGUCGAGACUCGGUCUCACUAUCACCCUCCGCGGUCGACAUUGGGAGUCAAGACACGGAUCAAUUAAUUAUUACUCUCCGCGGUCAACCCCUGGGAGUCGAGACUCGGUCCCACUAUCACCCUCUGCGGUCAAACCCUGGGAGUCGAGACUCGGUCUCACUAUCACCCUCCGCGGUCGACAUUGGGAGUCAAGACAUGGAUCAAUUAAUUCUUACUCUCCAUGGUCGGCCCCUGGGAGUCGAGACUCGGUCUCACUAUCACCCUCUGCGGUCGACCCCUGGGAGUCGAGACUCGGUCUCACUAUCACCCUCCGCGGUCGACAUUGGGAGUCAAGACACGGAUCAAUUAAUUAUUACUCUCCAUGGUCGGCCCCUGGGAGUCGAGACUCGGUCUCACUAUCACCCUCCGCGGUCAACCCCUGGGAGUCGAGACUCGGUCCCACUAUCACCCUCCGCGGUCAACCCCUGGGAGUCGAGACUCGGUCUCACUAUCACCCUCUGCGGUCAACCCCUUGGAGUCGAGACUCGGUCUCACUAUCACCCUCCGCGGUCGACAUUGGGAGUCAAGACACGGAUCAAUUAA